UAGCGUUGAGAAAAGACUGGCUACGAGACGUUCGCAGCGGGUAGCGUUGAUAGAGGUCGUCGUGUCCGGUUACUGCGAUUUUCUUGCUUUCCGUACUUUCACUCGUUGUGCAUACACACGCGACAGCAGUAACUUCAUUGCAGUCAAUACCAGCCGGGUUGGCUUUGAAGAAAACAUGAAGUUCCUCGCCGCCCUCUUCGCCACUCAGGCUUUGGCCUUCAGCCUGGAUACCAGGAGUCCUGCCGUUAGAAGUCGACAAGCUGCUGCAGAUAUCGCCAGCUCGAUCAGAGCAAUUCAAAGCGCAACAACAAGCCUCAACACAGCGAUCAAUUCAGGUGAUCUGCUCGCGUUGGCAUCUGGCAAUGGUGCAGUCAUCGAUGCUAUCAAGGCAGCCACAUCGGAAGCCAAUGGCCUCUCAACACUUUCCUUCGACGAUGCUGCAGGCCUUGCCAACCCAAUCCAGGACCUAGGCGCCGCCGUCGACACAACAAUCAGCAACCUCAUCAGCAAGCGAUCAUCACUUGAUGGCGUGCGGGAAGCCGUCCUCACUGGACUCCAGGAUCAACAGACCGCAUCGAUGGCCUUCUCAAGAGCACUCCUCAGCAAGAUCCCCGAAAAUCUUCAGGGUAUUGCACAAAACCUCGCCCAGCCCAUCGCAGACAACCUCGCCAGAGGCAUUGCUGCAUUCUCAAGCUCAUCUUCUGGUGGUGGCAGCGGCGGCGGCGCUGCAACGACUCAAGCAGCUGGCGGCCAGACGACCCCAGCACCUAAGGUUCAAGCCAGCGUGCAGGCGAGCAAGGCUCCAGUUUCAGCAGCAGGAAGCGCGAUCCCCAACGCACCAGCCGGCAAUGGCUACACGAUGCCAACUGUCACGACGGUCACCGGUAUUCCAUCGUACAGCCUUCCAGGAAGCACUCCAGCAGCAUACACCGGCGCAGCCCAACCGAUGGCCACUUUCGGCUUCGGUGCUGUUGCCAUGGCUGCUGCCGUUGCUGCCGCGUUUUAAGCUUGAGAUACCCAUUCAUACCGAGGAGCAGAGCCGUUGGACGGCUGAUUUUGGCGGACUACUUCGAAGUUUCUGAGGUCGCGAGGAUGAAAGGACCUGAUGUGUAAUGAUUAAUGCGACCAUAGACCCUUACUGCUAAUGCGCAGACGACCGGCUUGUAAAUAAUCCAACGUCAUGAAGCCCGUUGGGAAUGAUAUAACCCAAAAACAACCUGCAUAAACACCCA